UACGAUUACACUUGCGUAGCUUAUUCUGUCAUAGCUGGGAUGGCAAUAGGUGGUAAAGGUGGGCAUCAUUCAAUAUUUCAUUCCCUCUCACCUAGCAAUGGCGUUCGUUCAUACUUCAUGUCUCUGUGACCGUCAACGACUCUGUCUGAAUAUUUCGUGUGGACUUUCUUCUGCCAACGUCAACGAAACUUUGUACAAUUAAGCAUCAUUUAAAAGAUAUAUAUCAAUAACAACUUUAAUAAGACAUAUAUUUUCUUCAAUUUCAAUUUAUUCUGCAUCUCCAUCUUCUGCAUCUGGGUUUGAUGAUAACUACCAUCAUGGCACGAAAUACGAAUGAUUAUUCAUCCGAGAGCAUUUCUUAUUCUUAUGAAUACAGCUAUGAAAGACCUAGCUCAAAUGUUUGGUUGGCAACAGUUCCUUUGAUUGUUUCUAUCAUAGCAUGCGUGACAGUAUUGGGGAAUACCAUGGUGAUUGCUGCUUAUAUCAGAAGUAAUCGUAUCCGUGCUAAUGUGGCUAAUAUCUUCAUUUUAAACCUAUCCGUAACUGAUUUUAUCGUAGGAGCUUUCAUGUGGCCAAUUAAUCUUACAUGGCUCAUCAAAGGUUACUGGUCAUUUGGUGAAGUCCUUUGCAAGGUUUGGUUGAUUACCGACUACACGGUGAGUGUGGUGUCUGUUCUGACCAUGGUUCUCAUUAGUUGGGACCGGUACUGUCUAUUGACAAUGGGGGUCAAGUAUCAGACAUAUCAGACCAAGAGAAGGGUGACACUCGUUGUAAUUGGCGUCUGGAUAGUUGUUUUUACGUGGUAUGCUGUACUUGCAUUUGCGUGGAGUCCAAUCACUGGGAUGUCUUCUGUAAAUUAUGCUUAUAACUGUGAAAUGGAAUUUACAUACAGUCUUGGUGGAACAGUUCUCGUGAAUGUUCUAGAGUUCUUCAUCCCGCUUACAGCCUUGCUAAUAAUGAAUGUAUCUGUAUAUGUCAAUAUCAAACGGCGAUCGAAGGGUAUUGUGGGACCGAGGCCCCUUACAAACCAACUGACUCUAUCCAUUUCUAGAAAUCAGGAACAAUCCACCCAUUCUUCAGAGAAUAGAAAUGUCGUUCAAUCUGUAAAAGUUUUGAAUAAUCAAAACGAGGAAGAUCGGAUUGCCACCUCAUCUAAUCUAGUCGCUGACACUAUCGAAGGAAGGGCAAAUGAACGGACACCAGGCAACAAUGCAAUAGGCAACAUUUCGGAAACAAAUGAAAGAACAUUGGCAAGACAUCGUAAAGCCGCUGUUGUCCUUGCCAUUCUUGUAGGAGCUUUCCUGAUCUGUUGGUUGCCUAUCCAAGUAACCACCAUCAUGUAUGCCGUUUGUGGUGACAGUUGUGUGUCUACGCUCAGUUGGGAGAUCACAAAUUCUCUCGUGUGGUGCAUUUCAUUGAUUAAUCCGUUCAUAUAUGCCGCCACUAAUGUGCACUUUCGGCGAAAAUUUCGACAUUUUCUGCUUCUUGAUCGUUGGACUUGUAAUAUGAAGUGUUGUAAAAUAGGAAGGGUACCUUGAUUAUGUUUAGAGUAUAUCGUUGGCUAUAUGAAGAAAUCAGAUCCUGAAAUUCACAUUGUAUUAAAUGAACUUUUCGUCAUUGUAUGCAUUACAA